ACUUCUCGACGGCUAGUUUUCCUUUCAGGAACAGUGCAGCUGCCGGACUCGGAGAGGAGUGAGGUGCACCCCCGCUGUGGACUGAUCUGAAAACAGCUCUCUUUUUUAACGCACAGAUGUACGGUUUAACCGAGCCUACAUUUCUCUAACGUCUCCGAUUCUUCCUCAGACUGAUUCUUGGUGAUAUUUACACAAUCAAAAGAGGACCGUGAAGCCCAGGUCCUGCCCUCAUCCUCGUCCUUAUGCAGUACCGGAGAGUGACAAGUGGCCAGGCGGUGUUGCCAUGGAAUCCUUGAGCAAUAUGGACAGUGCCGGUAGCUGCGACAGUGUAAUCAGCAUGAACUCUUGCUAUAGUGACGACAAUAUGGAACACUUAUCUCCAGAAGAGAGGGCGUGUCUCAUGUAUCUGGAGAAAAUGAUUGAAACUCUAGACGUGCAGGAGGACAGCGGCUUAUCCAAUGAUGAACCAGAUCCUGUAUCACAGGCAAAAAAAAUGGGUCAGAUAAGAGUAAAUGACAUUUCCAGUUUCAAGUCUGAGUCCAGAGGAGACCAGAAAUCAGACAAAGUUGAGCAUCACGCUCUAAAUCAAACCUCACAACCACAGUCCUCUCCUGCCUCUGCAGCCAACAUGACAGCUCUUGAAACAUCAGUGAACCUCAUGACUCAACCCAAACCUCCAGUCAGUGGUUGCGAAAUCCCCCCAUCAGCUACCCAGACUGAGGUGUUGUGUUUAUCCACAGAUGGAAAUGGUAAUCUAAAGCUUGUCUCAAAUGCCAGGCUUUGUCCUGGUCAGUCUAAUAAGGCCUCUGAAGUAGAUUUAGGUCUGAUCCCUCCGCCCUCCGACUUCAUGGAUGAGCCAGGCCCCCCUCCACAGCCAGAGAAAGCAAGAGACCUUCCUCAAUCUGCAGGGAUAUCCAAUAACAGGCCAGGAGCAACUGUUGACUUGCAGCAGCUACACCAGAGAGCUCCUGCGAAGACAAUGUCAGUGAGCUCCCCAGUGACCCAGGAGCCUCCAAACAAGCCCCCAGAACUGAGUCCAUUAGCCAUCAGCUCUGGUCCCCAAAUACAUCCACCUGCUGUGGCUCCUAAGCCAAAGAAGCUUCCUGCCAACAUCAUUCUGAAGUCACACAAGGCAGCAGUGGCUGAUGGCAACUCUGGGCUUUCGGUGCCCAUUAGCAGUGACCGGCUGUUGUUGGACCCCCAGAGGGUCCACAUCGAGGCCCUCCGAAAGCUUGGCCUGCUCAAAAGCGAUGAGGCAGAUUCAGGCCCCGCCCUGACCCCUAAACUUUCUCCCAAAACUAGAAGGUCAUGGGCAACUCCUCCUUCUCCAAACAGCCCAGCAGCUCCACAUACACCACCCUCGACAGCAUCUUACACCUGUUUCAACAGCCCAUCUCCGGCCUCCGGCCCUCUCCAGACAGCUGCAGCUGUGUCACCAUCAGGUACUUCUACAGCUCCUGCAGUCCAGCUUCCUGAAAUUUUCCCAGUACCUGCUGCUUUCAGUGACUCCAAUGGAUCUCUGCUGUCAGACAAUGAACUGUCUGCUGUCAAAGGUGUUUCAGAGGCCACAGUUAAUGCACAGGUGAAUACUCCCCCUCUCACCCCUCCUGCCCUGGUCAAGCACCUAACCCCACCCAAGGUCAUUGGUGUCAAGUCAGCCACCCUGGAGCGUUCUGGCCUGGGUCUAAGCAGCUAUAUGGCCAGUCAAGACUCCAAUGGGGCCAGCCUGGGCGUCAGCAACAAGCAGAGCCCCAGCCAGCUGCGUAACAAUCGGCCGCGCCCCGCCUCUCUGGGGAGUGGGAAAGCAUUUUUAAGCCCUCAGGGAGAGGGUUCGCAGGCGGGCUGUGCCACCAGCAAAGAGCCGGACUCACGGAGGUCCCUGCCUGCUUUUCAGCACCCCGGAGACUCUCAGAAGCUGCCUCGAUCACAAGGCAUCAGUGUGCUGAUCUGCCCUCGUGCAGAGAACGGAGAUGACCGCCGUGUGGCCCUGAAGAGGCUGGGGCUGCUCAGGGACUGAGGCAUUAACGCUAAAUCUUACACCUCAUCUGACUGCCACAGACUCCCUUCAGAUACUAUAUUUAAAGGAACAAACCAGAGAUUGAUACAUGAUUGAUGAAGACGUUACAAAACUUUUGAGAAGCAACUUAACCACACAUUUAUGCAUUCUUUUUUUUUAUUACUGCAUUAAGCUAUUAUAACCAGAGACGGCCUAACAUGACUUGAAUACAUUGACUGUCAUGCCCAUGCUUGUAUCUACUUCUUACUCUUAUUGUACAAUGUUUUAUUUCUCAUAAAACUGGAAAAUCAAGAACAUUUUGGAUAUUCACUUUAGCUGUGUUUUUUGUAAAUUAAAUAAUGUUACUUUUAAGAAGCAAUAAUGAGUUAUUUUGUCAUUUUUAGUGUUUCUGGUGAUCUACAGGUAUAAACCUUUUUGUACAUCACUAUCUGCUUUCACAAAUUAUUCUUUGGCUGGUUCCCCUUUUAGUUCUCCUUUUUUAGAUACUUUUAAAGGUCACUGUUGUUAAUAAUUUCACUUCCUAAAAUCCAUUGGAAUGUUUUGUCUGGCUUUGUCGACCACAGGAAGUGUAUAAAAUGUAGAAAGUAUCGCUAGAACAUAACCCUACUAUAACUCGAACCACAUAGUCAGUAACCACUAGGCAAUAAGAAUCUGAAACGUGUGGUUUGCAUAGUUGCAUAGUGACGCACAUGUCAAAACUCAUAAGCUUGUUACACAGCAGCCAUAUGUAUCGAUAGUGUGGGUCUGUCAUUUGUACAUGAGCUGAUCGAACAACUUUUAUUACAAGCAUUAUUAUA